AUGAUUGAAGUCUAUAACCUUCCCAAUCCGAAAGACUCAGAAAGCGACCCCCCGCUUAGUUCAACCUCAUCAUCUACUCGCACCAGACCAGUUGAUACUAUGUCUUCGUCAGACCCAAUUUCAAGGUCUUCAUCAUCGCCUUCGCCACCACUACCGUCAUCUGUUAUCUCCUCCACUCGCGCAAGCACUUCAGCCACUUCCGCCACUGCCUCAACCCCAGCUGCUACAUCUACACCUGCUUCUCCGCGUCCUGUCCUACGAGCCACCAACGGCCCAGCUUCGACCGCGCUCCAAAACCCCACAAUAUCCUCCCUUAUAGUCACGCACAUCGCCGAAUCCUCGUCAAUCCCACUCGUUAUCACCCUUCGUCCCCUCCUUGUGGUCUGCAAAGCCCUCUACCCUCCAGCGGAACGAGCCAUCUACCAUACCCUCCACCUCUCAGGCCCCCAACACAUCUACUCCCUAUGCAUAACCCUCGCCUCCACACCUCGUCUAGCAUCACACGUCCGUAACUUCGGCAUCAUGUCAGUAAAACCAAGUCGUUACCCGAAGUUUCCAGCCGUUUUCUGGACUUCCAUACGCGAUGCGCUGGCGAAGAUGGACACAUUGGAGGUGCUGACGCUCACCGAUCCUACAACACCGAUGGGCGGGAACGGACCUGGAGGGUUCGUCGACGAUGAUGGGAGGUUCAUCUCGUAUAUAUUUCCGGAGAAUCCGCCGUUUAGGCUGAAGAGCUUUUCAACGUAUAUCCCUUCUGAUGGGAGUUUGUUGAGGUUUUUGGGAACUCAGAGCGAGUUGAGGGAGUUGACGGUGCGGGAGACAUGGCAUGGCUAUAGGCAGGAAUUCAAUUUUCAGUAUAGGAAGCAUCAGGAGGCGUUGAUAGGUCAAGGGGACCACCACGAUGGGGAAGACGGCUUUCAUCUUGAAUUUCCUAUGUUGGAGAGUUUCGAGGGACCGGUACAGCUCGCCGCGAUGUUGUUCAAAAGCCCACUUCGGUACCUCCAGGUGCACAUGGACAGGGAUUCGGUGCUUGAUAUACUCGAUGCUUUCCCAAUUAUGGUGACAGAGAGGGAUGAGGAUGGAUUAUGCGUGGGGAAUACGCUGAAGAGUUUGAACGUCUUUAAUCUCCCGCAUGCGAAGGCGGUAGAAGCUAUGAGGAUGGCAGCGAAGUACUGCCCGCAGGUGUUACAUCUCGGUUGUUUCCCUCUCGGAGACAUAAACCACUCCUCGUUUCAUCAAGCCCUUGUUUCCCUCUCAUCCCUCGUCUCCCUCGAGCUUGAUCUAAGCUCCUGGCACCCUCAAGUCGUCCCUCAUUUCCAGCGAGCCAUAUGUGCGGAGAUGGCUAUUUAUCGCCCUACACUCAGGACAGUGACAAUAUGGUUGGGUGGGAAGAGGUAUCCGUGGGGGAGGGAGGACGAGGAGAGUGGAUUGUGGGUGUCGAAGAGUGCAGUAUCGGGGGAGCAGGGGGAGGUCAUGUCAUGGAAUUUGGAGUGA